AUGGCGACUACAGAGGCUUUCAACUUUGGACCUGUCCCAGCUGCCCCCCGACUGAACGGAGCCGAUAUCGGGUUUAUGAUGGUAGCAGCUGCUCUGGUCUUCUUCAUGAUUCCCGGGCUCUGUCUCCAUUUCUCAGGUGUUUCGAAACGGGAUUUUACGCUCACCUUAGUGCGGCUCCCCCUGAUCACUACUGGUGUGGUGGGAUGCGUGUGGUAUAUGUGGGGAUACGCCCUUGCUUUCUCUCCAGCGGUAUUCAACGCGGCCGAGCUGCACGGUGUCUCAUGGUAUGGUGGAGAUACCAAAGCAAAUGCUUAUAUCGAUGUUGCCGCUCGACCCGUUGGUAUACAAGGUCCGAACCCAUUAGUUCUGACGGGCCCGAAAAUUCCGGAGAUGGUCUAUGUCUUCUACCAAGGCAUGUUCGCAUGUUUCACGGCAAGUCUGGUCUCUGGCGGAGCGGCAGGCAAAACCCGCGCCGGACGGUACAUCCUUUUCAUUACCUUAUGGACAACUCUCGUUUAUUGUCCUGUCGCCAGGUGGACAUGGCACCCUCUGGGCUGGUCUAAGCUCAGAGGAGCAAUGGAUUUCGCCGGUGGUACUGCAGUGCAUGUCUGUUCCGGUUCCUCAGUCGCUGCUCUCGCCGCCGUCUCCCAAUUCGAUGCUGCAAAUUGGCGGACGACGGUCGUCUUUCGAAGACGAACAGUGAAAAUCGAUGUGAAGACUUGGAAGGUCUGGAGAUGGCUAUCUAUAGAGAAGCAGACAUCUCCAGACCACGUCGAACUGAGCACAAAUUCCCUAGGGACAGGAUACAAUGCGAACGGACACGCUCGAGCUCCAGGGCCGCAAAAUUCCGUGCAGAGGCCGCGAGCUCGCGUGGAUCGCGGCGAGUUGAGUCUGCCUUACAGCAUCAACCACAUGGUAUUGGGCACUGCUUUGCUUUGGGUCGGCUGGUUUGGCUUCAACGGCGGUUCAGCACUUGGGGCCAACCUUCGCGCUGUGUCUGCAUGCCUGGCAACACAGGCCGCCGCAUGUGCCGGAGGCACAAUCGGAUUACUCGUUCACUGGGGACUGGGCGGCCUUGACAAGAAGGUAUCUACCAGACCGGACACCUUGACACAUAUACCGUCAAUACAGGAGUUCUGUGACGGUGUAAUUGCUGGACUGGUGGCCGUUACACCCGCCGCUGGAUACGUUCCUGUCACAUAUGCCCCCGUCUUCGGCAUCAUCGGGGCCAUCAUCUGCAAGAUUUUGAGGAUGAUCAUGUAUUACCUUUUGCCGGCCGACAAAUUGGCUAUAUUCGCCGUACACGCCGGCGGCGGAGCCACGGGCAUGUUACUUACUGCCUUUUUCGCAAAUGACGCGACUACUGGUUUGGAUGGGUACUCAAGGCUGACUGACAAAACAAUGGGAGCUCGAUUCCGAGACCAAGCAUUGGACAUCAUUGCAUGCCUUUUCUAUUCCUUCACCAUGACCUUCGCGAUCCGGGUGGUCAUGAAGUCUGUCGAGGUCGUCAUCGGCGCCGGAAGACCUGCACGUAACGACAGAUUUGACCAUUACCCGGAUACUUAUGAGGCCAUGCCUCAGUUCCAACGAAGAAAACCGCUGGAAGAGGCUGGACGAGAAUUUCUAAGCGAGGCGCCCUCACCGGUCACCUUAUUGCCGGAGCAAAGCAUGGCAAUGGGCAACAAGAAGACGCUGAUCCGGAUUACAUGGGACUUGCCUCUCCUUUUCCAAGUCCCAGAGGACGCCUUCGAGACCAAAUUCCCUCCCAAAGAGCCCGACGAAGUGGCAGAUGAUCAUUAG